CCGUCUUUUCAUGACACGCUUUCUGCUUUGCAUAUCUGGUGUGUGGCAUUUAAAGCUUAACUGACAUUCUGUCACUGUUUUUCAGAAGGCUCAGCACGAGACUUUGAGGAGACGUUUCAACUAUGAAGAUGUUAAUGCCUCUAGCUUUUGCUCUUAUAUUCAGCUUUCUUACAUCGGCAACAGUUGUUCAAGAUUUCAAUCAUGUAGAGAGGUGCAAGGACUCUCUGUAUAUGGGGACUCCGCCACGGGGGAUCAUCGAGACCAGACUGAAGAAGAUCUGCCAACGCUACGCCGACAAACCUCGAUACGUGACCCUGUAUGAUCCUCAAAAGCGGAUCCCAGUUUACUCAGCUUACACCUUCAAGAAAACAGAAGGAGACCGACGUGUGGACUACCCUUGGAUGUAUGAGCCACAGCUGGCAGAAACUGAUGGAAAUGGAAACAUGCUGCCGUUUCCCACUGGGUACCUGCACAUGAAGUUUGAGGACAGCCAGGCAGUGCUGGAUGACUACUCUGAUGUGGUUCUUUAUGAAAGAGGCCACCUGAACCCAGACCAGCACCAGUCCACUCCACACGACCGUGCAGCCACUUACACCCUGACCAAUGUGGUCCCAGAGAUUCGGGAGUUCAACAUUGGCCCUUGGCGUGAGUACGAGGAGCGGAUCCGGGUCCGCCUCAACAACUUCUGCCGCGGCACUGCUUACAUCGUCACUGGAGUGACCACCAGGGGCAACAUGAUCCGUCGGAACAACCAGGACCGUGUGGCCAUCCCUGAAGAUGUGUGGUCCGCUUACUGCUGCACUGACUACGACCACAACUCACCUCACGAUGUUCGUAUCCGCUUCCCAUCCCACGCAGUCUUGGCCAAGAACGCCAAAGAGGGCAGCAGUGUUCACGAGAUGACGGUCCAGGAGCUUGAAAACUUCCUGAAAAAUCACAUGGAUGUUGAUCAGAGUCUUCAGAUCUUCUAUGACAACUGCAUCUCUCCCUCACCCCUUCCUCUUUACCUGCAACACACCAUCUGAAAGCUCCCCCAGCUACACCUGCUGCAUACAUGCAGGUUUCUCUGCACUUCCACAAAUAAUAGCACACAUUUAUGCCUUUUUGCUAAACCUU